GAGAGAGAGAGAGGGAGAGAGGGAGAGAGAGACACAGAAGGAGAGGCAGGGAUGGAGGAGUUCCAGUAGCGGAGCCGCACGGAGCAGCACGGAGCGGCCCAGCCCCGCGAAUGUAAGAGCCAACACAAAAGCAAAAAAAAGAGCCAGCAUCUUCUGCGCGCACCAACAAUAUUUUUUUUUGGGUGGGGGGUUUGUGGCCGGGAGCGUCGCCGCCGCCGCGACUCGACAGUGAUGUCUGUGCAGCAGAAUUUUGUUUAGUGGUACAAUACGGAUUAAUCUGAGGCUGUGAAUUCCUCGGAGACAUCGCUGCCGCGAGGACAGACCGGGAAACCAGGAAGGUGCAAGUCGGAUUCCAUACGUUUGUGAUUGGAUUUGAGACUACUUUGACCCUACAAAAUUGAAGAUGAUGUUGCUAUGGAAACUGCUGGUGCUGCAGUCACUCAUGGGGUGUCUUGCAGAGAGCGGUGUCCUGCAGAGCCCUGUCUUCACCAAGCAGCCCGGCAGCAUCGUGUAUCCCGUGGAGGCUGUGCAGAACAACAGGGAGGUGGUGUUCAGCUGUGAAGCCCAGGGAAGCCCGCCACCUAUCUACCGGUGGAAACUGAAUGACACAGAAAUCAGUCCCAAAUCUGGAUCUCACUACAGCCUGUCUGGAGGCAACCUGAGAAUCAGCCAUCUGAACAAGGACCAAGAUGCUGGAACGUACCAGUGCCUCGCCUCCAACUCUUUCGGGACCAUCGUCAGCCGAGAGGCCAGUCUAACCUUUGCAUACUUGGAGAACUUCAAGACUCACAGAAGAAGCUCCGUGUCAGUCCGCGAAGGUCAAGGAGUGGUUCUGCUGUGCGGCCCUCCGCCGCAUUCUGGAGAUCUCAUGUUUUCCUGGAUCUUUAACGAGUACCCGACGUUUGUGAAGCAGGAUACUCGCCGUUUCAUCUCGCAGGAGACGGGGAACCUGUACGUCGCCAAGGUGGAGCCCUCAGAUGUCGGCAACUACACCUGCGUGGUGACCAACACCGUCACAAAGACCCGAGUCCAGGGUCCGCUCACUCCACUGGUGCUCCGCAGUGACGGUGUGAUGGGUGAAUACGAGCCAAAGAUUGAAGUUCAGUUUCCAGAGGUCGUUCAUGUUGCCAAAGGAUCCACUGUGAAGCUGGAAUGCUUCGCUCUGGGAAACCCGGUGCCAUCUAUAAGCUGGAGGAGAGUGGACGGUGUACCCUUCCCCAGGAAAGUGGACAUGAGGAAAGCCAGCGGCGUCCUGGAAAUCCCAUACUUCCAGCAGGAGGACGCCGGCACGUACGAGUGUGUGGCGGAAAACUCCAGGGGAUUGAACACGGUGAAAGGGAAGCUCUCUUUCUACGCCCCUCCUCAUCUCAUCGAGAAACCCCAAGAUGCCCAGAAGCUCAUUGAUGACUCGUUGGUGUGGGAGUGUAAAGCCACGGGGAAGCCAAAGCCUUCUUACCGGUGGAUGAAAAAUGGAGAGAACCUGGAGCCUGCAGAGGAGCGCAUACAGGUGGCCAACGGAGCGUUGUCAAUCAGUCGCCUGACCCUGUCCGACACAGGAAUGUACCAGUGCGUGGCUGGGAAUAAGCACGGCGAGGUCUACUCCAACGCAGAGCUCCGGGUUAUAGCCGUUGCCCCAGAUUUCUCUCACAACCAACUGAGGAGCCAGACACUGGUGAAGGUUGGAGGAGAUGCGCUCAUCGAGUGCAAGCCCAAGAUGUCUCCUUGGGGCGUGAUCUCCUGGCGGAAGAGCAGCGAGCCGCUCCGAGAAAGUAACAGGGUCUCCAUCUUGGACAACGGUAACCUUCGGGUAUGGAAUGCAACCAAGUCUGAUGCAGGCCUCUACACCUGUGUGGCAAGAAACCAGUUUGGCGUGGCAAGCAGCACAGGAAGCGUCACCGUCAAAGAGCCGACCGCCAUCACCACCCUGCCAUCCACGCUGGACAUCACCGUGGGGGAGAGCGUGGUCCUGCCCUGUCAAGUGAGCCACGACCCAACCCUGGAGCUCAAGUUCACCUGGUUCUUCAACGAGCAGCUCAUCCACUUCGGGAGCCACGGUGGAUUUUUUGAAAAAGUGGGAGGCCAGCAUUCGGCAGGAGACAUUAUGAUUCGAAACAUCCAGCUGAGGCAUGCAGGGAAGUACACGUGCGCCGUGCAGACGAAGGUGGACAGCAUCUCCAUCGCCGCCGACUUGGUUGUCAGAGGUCCCCCGGGGCCCCCCACCAGCAUCCAUGUAGAAGAAAUCACUGAUACCACAGCCUCUCCGUCCUGGAGGCCUGGUCCCGAUAAUCACAGUCCAAUUACGGCAUACACCAUCCAGGCCAGGACACCAUUUUCCCUCGGGUGGCAGGCUGUCACCACAGUUCCCGAGGUGGUGGGGGGCCACCGGCUGACGGCUACAGUAAUAGACCUGAGCCCUUGGGUGGAGUAUGAGUUUCGAGUCCUGGCAAGCAACACCAUCGGGACCGGCGAGCCCAGCAAGCCCUCCAAACAAGCAAGGACAAAGGGGACCUCUCCAAAGGUCACACCAGCUAAUGUGAGCGGAGGCGGUGGCAGUCGCUCCGAAUUAGUCAUCACAUGGGAGCCGGUUCCCGAGGAGCUGCAGAAUGGACCGGGUUUCGGCUACGUGGUGGCUUUUCGACCCCACGGUGCCACGGGAUGGAUGCAGGCCGCCGUGCCGUCCGCUGAAGCAUCCAAAUACGUCUUUAAAAACGAGAGCAUCCAACCCUUCUCGCCCUUCCACGUGAAGGUCGGGGUGUACAACAAUGAGGGGGAGGGGCCGUUUGGACCUGUUACCACUAUCUACUCCGCUGAGGAAGAGCCUGGCCGAGCUCCCACCAGGGUCCGUGCCAAGAGCCUCUCUGCAUCCGAGAUUGAAGUUUUGUGGAAAGCUUUGCCCUGGAAUGCCAGCAAGAAAAGAGUCCUGGGCUAUGAGCUGAGGUACUGGAGUAGAAGUGAAAGGGAAGACACGGCCAGUGUGCAAAAGACUGUUGGAAAUCAAACAUCUACCAUUAUCCGCGGGAUGAAAGGCAGCACGGCGUAUUACAUCUCGGUGAGGGCGUAUAACACUGCUGGAACGGGGCCUCCCAGCGCCACGGUCAACGUUACCACCAAGAAACCACCGCCCAGUCAGCCACCAGUUAAAGUGAUGUGGAACACAUCAAACUCCAAGAUUAUAUUGAACUGGGAGCAGGUCAAGGCCCUCGAGAACGAGUCAGAGGUCACCGGUUACAAAGUGCUGUACAAGAAGAAUCGACAUAGCCGCCCCAACGUCAUGGAAACCAACACGACCUCUGUGGAGCUCGCCCUUCCCACUGAUGAGGAUUACAUCAUCCAGAUAAAGCCAUUCGGAGAGGGAGGAGAAGGCAGCAGCAGCAGGCAGAUCACCAUCCCAAGGAUACCAGGCCCCAACGCAGUCGGCUCAGCAUCCAAGGUCUCCACUCUAUCAGCCCUCAGUACAAUAGCGCUGUCUUUCACAGCACGGACAUCUUUAUGACAAACGGCUCUCAGCAGACGUUGCAUCUGAUGUGGAGACAGCUCUACGGCGGAACACAAACACAGCCCACUCUGGUGUAACUAGAUCCAUUCAUCUAGAUUUUAGGGGCAAAAGGAAGAAAUUUAAAAAAAAAAAUGUAAUUAAAAAAAAUACGCCAUUGAGAUGAUAGGGAAGGAGUCCCCUUCAGCAACCAGGCUAAGUAAAGGAGAUUGAGCGAUGUCGUGACUAUGUUGUUACCAAAGCAGCUUUCAUAAGAAAAAAAAAUGAAGAGAAAAAUGUCUUAUAUGCAUCUUUUUGUAUGACAUGUUGAGCUUUUAUAGAGUUUUUUUGUUUGUUUCCUUAAUCAAUCGGAAGUCCGUCUGGGCUAACUGGUGCGAGAACAAUGAAGUGCAUGGCAACUAACAUCCAAUGUUCCAGCCUGGAGGUUAAGAAUGUGAUUCGACGGUGCACCGUUUAUCUUCUAAAAAUAAGGAAAUACUUGUGACUUUGGUUCUCACAGACCAGGGUAGUUGCUUUUUCUUCAAGUGAAUGAACUAUUAACUGUUACUGUGUUACAUCUCUGCAUCUCUGUUUCUGCAAUAUGUCACAAAUGUUUCAUUGGAAGGACUACAUCGACAUGGGUCUUUGUCGUUAUUGGUCAUCUUACCGAGUACUGUGGGUGAGCAGAGGAUUGGCCUUUAACAUCUCUUGACAGCACAUGCUAAUGCUUUAGCACACUAGUAAAGUGUUAGCAUUAGCAAACUGGAUGAAGUCAGCCAUCUUUAGUUUUAUCAAAAUAGAUUUCUCUAAUCAAGUGGACUAAGAAUUUUUUUUUUUUGUCAUAUAUAUGUCAUGAAUCGUUAGAAAAUGUAGAAUUAUAAAAAAAACAAUAUUAAUUUAUAUUAACUUCGUUAUCCUCCUACAUCAGAUAAUGCUAACUGGCACUAAUGACGUAUAAUACAGGAAGGGAUAGUCCAAAUGUAAUACCCACAUACAAUAUGUACAUUGAGUUAUGAGUCUUUGUAAACUAGUACUCCUAAUAUACAGAUACAAAUAGUACUUCAUUUUAUACAUUUUUUCCUACUUCAUUCGAUACCCAUCAUGUGAAUGGAAGCAUUAAGUUGCGUAAAAUUGCCGUCACCACUGCAUUUAUUUUUAUCAGAGGCCACAGGCGUGUGGUAGAGCCGUACUUUCUAAAGUUUUAGUGGCAUCUCGGCAGCACGGCCUGUAUGCGUUGUAGCUGCUGCGGUAGUGGUCCAAUCACACAGGCAUGAAGCAAAACCACACAAAUAGUCUGGGUUUUAUUCUAGCUCUGGGUACAAAAAGGAUUGAAUGCUGGUCUCAUUUCGCUGAAGAAGAUUUGAUACGACUAGGCACUGGGUUAUUCCGGUUGAUACCUUAAAGAUAGGGAGUACCGAGCCCUACUCCUGUUCACACAAGCCCUUUGCAGUAGGACCACACUGAGAAAGACGGGGGCUAGCAAGAGGCUGGAGCCGUCUUAGUUAGCUAAAUCCAAAGUAGCUC